ACGCAGGUAAUGAUUGACACGCCUUACAGCCAAUCAAAAAGAGAGUUGAGUUUGGGGGGCGGAGAAACACGCAGGUGCGCCUGAGAAACACGUGAGACUGCGCACUUCGCAAGAGACCACCGCAAAAGACAGACCAACCUGAAGCUGCAGGCGACUGAAGUGGAUCCACCGAGACUGUGCUGAGGUGCUAUGGCCGCAGAUGCAGUGCAGGAGCUCAGGCAGCAGUGCCUCAAGAGAGGCGCGGCGGGAAUCAAGGGUCUUGGAAGGACGUUUCGCAUCAUGGAUGAUGAUGGCAGUAAAUCUCUAAACUUCCAGGAGUUCGAGAAGGGGCUGGAGAACUACGGCGUGUCUGUGGGGAAGGACAAAGCACAGCAGAUCUUUGCCAUGAUGGACAAGGAUGGAAGCGGCACUAUCAACUUUGAUGAGUUUCUUGAGAAAUUAAGGCCUCCCAUGUCGAGCGCACGGAGACAGGUGAUCGAUCAGGCUUUUCAGAAGUUUGAUAAGACAGGAGACGGCGUUGUGACCAUAGAAGAUCUACAGGGUGUCUACAACAGCAAACAUCACCCCAAAUACAAGAGCGGAGAGUGGACAGAAGAACAAGUCUUCCGCUCUUUCCUGGAAAACUUUGACUCUCCGUAUGACAAAGAUGGAAAGGUGACGCUGGAGGAGUUUGUGAACUAUUACAGCGGAGUCAGCGCUUCUGUCGACAGCGAUGAGUAUUUCAUCACCAUGAUGAAGAACGCAUGGAAGCUGUAGUCAUCACCAUCAUCAGCGCUCAGAAAUCAGUUUCGACGCAUUCGAUUUGUCAUUACAAAAUGUUACUGAAAUGGUGUCGAUUGCACAAUAUUUACUUGUUGAAAUCGUGUCUAAUUAAACU